AUGACUUGCAAAGCACCAGAUUAUAACUGCAAUGGAAAUGAUCCAGUACAGAUUCUGCAUGAGUGGUAUCAGCCAAGCAAAAUCCUCAUUGGUGGAAUAUUCACCCAUAUCUUCAUUCUUUUAUCCGAACUUUCUUUUCAGAUGCACCCUUCAGAGGAAGUAAUUAAUGCCGCAAUGAUGAUCCCAAAAUUCUACCAGCACAUCCUUGCCUUGGCAUUUGCCAUCCAUGAGAUCAAUGAGAUUCCCAACAUUCUGCCCAAUGCCACUCUUGGAUUCCGCAUUUAUGAUAACUACCACAAUGCAAGAAUGACUUACCGCACCACAUUGGAUCUGCUCUUCAAAUUACAUCAGUUUCUCCCAGGUUACAGAUGUGGCACCAAAACACAUCUAAUGGGAGUCAUUGGUGGACUUAGGUCUGAUACCUCUUCACAGAUGGCAGAUAUUUUAGGCCUUUACAAGAUUCCACAGGGUGUAAUUCCUAGUACUGACUCUGGCAUUGAAAAUUACCUGCAUAUAGAAUGCAUUUUAUCAUUUGGAUCAUUUCAACCAGCAGUGAAAGAUGAAACUGGUUUCCCUUCCUUGUAUCGUAUGGUCCCCAAUGAAGCCAUCCAGUACCAGGGAAUUCUUGAGUUACUUGUGCAUUUUAGAUGGAAAUGGAUUGGUCUGAUGACAUUUGAUGAUGAUGGUGGAGAACAUUUCAUGCAGACCAUGGAAUCAAUGUUUUCCAAGAAUGGAAUCUGUUCAGCAUUCACAAAUAAAGUUCCAGUCACUGUGCGUAUAUUUGAAAUGAGUGAUAUGAACAAAUACAUUAUGAACAGUAUUCCAGUUUUCAGAGACAGCAAAGCCAAUGCAGUUGUCAUAUAUGGAGAAAAUGCAAACAUUAGGUGGUUGGCUGCCAUUAUUUUGGGUAUAAAAGAAUCUCUUGGAGAAAUGACAUCAUUUGGAAAGGUAUGGAUCACUACAGCCCAGAUUGAUUUUGCACUCUUUAUGUUUCAAAGGACCUGGGAUAUCCAAAUGUUCCAUGGUGCUAUUUCCUUCACAUCUCUUUCCAAAGACAUUCCGGGUUUCCAAACAUUUCUUCAGACUGUAAGCCCUAAUCAAGUGAAAGGAAAUGGUUUUAUCAAAGACUUCUGGGAGCAAGCAUUUGACUGCUAUGUUCCAAAUUCUGAUGGAUCUACAGAUCUCCAUGAAACAUGUACUGGUGAGGAGAGUAUGCAGAACCUUCCUGGGCAGUUUUUUCAGAUGAGCAUGACAGGCCAUAGCUACAGUAUCUAUAAUGCUGUUUAUGCUGUGGCACAUGCUUUACAUAUCAUGUACAGAACUUAUUCCAACUACAGAAAAAUGAACAACAGAGACAAGCCAAAUUCUUGGCAAGUGGAACCCUGGCAGCUCCAUUCAUUGCUUAGGAAUAACCCAUUCAACAACAAUAUUGGAGAUGAAGUUAUGCUUAAUGAACAUGGAGAAUUAAUAGGUGGAUUUGAUUUAACAAACUUGGUAACUUUCCCAAAUAAUUCCUAUGUCCGAGUCAAAGUAGGAAGGCUGGACCCCCAGGCUGCUCCAGGCAAAGUGUUCACCAUUAAUGAGGAGAGAUUUGAGUGGCACAAAGACUUGUCUCAGAAGGCAUUUUCAAGUGCAAAACUUUCCAUUGUUGAAGAACAGGUGCCUCCCUUCUCCUUGUGCAAUGAGCAAUGCUAUCCUGGCUACAGAAGGAAAAAGAAGGAGGGAAACAAAUUUUGUUGCUAUGAUUGUUCUUCAUGUCCAGAAGAGAUGAUCUCGAAGCAGAAGGAUUUGGAUUACUGUACCAGAUGCCCAGAAGAACACUUUCCAAAUCACCGCAAAGAUGAGUGCAUUCCCAAGAUCCAAAGUUUCCUAUCUUUUGAAGAGCCAUUAGGUGUUACUUUAGCUUCUUUGUCUCUUCUCUUUUCUCUGAUCACAGCUCUGGUGCUUACAGUCUUCAUUAAGCAAAAGGACACUCCCAUUGUCAAAGCCAACAACCGAAACCUCACCUACCUUCUCCUCACUUCUCUCCUCCUCUGCUUCCUCUGUGCUUUGCUAUUCAUCGGACAACCCAAUAAGGUCACCUGCCUCCUCAGACAAACAGCUUUUGGCAUCAUCUUCUCCGUUGCUGUUUCUUCCAUUUUGGCUAAAACAAUUACAGUGGUUGUGGUUUUCAUGGCCUCUAAGCCAGGAAACAUUUUCCGGAAAUGGGUGGGGAAAAGAUUGGCACAUUCUAUUGUCUUGUGCAGCUCUCUUGUUCAAGUUGGAAUUUGUGCAGUUUGGUUGGCUUCUUUCCCCCCAUUUCCAGAUUUGGACAUGCAUUCAGUGUCUGGAGAAAUCAUAGUUGAAUGUAAUGAAGGGUCGGUCACCAUGUUCUACUGUGUCUUGGGUUACAUGGGUUUUCAGGCUACUGUCAGCUUCACUGUGGCUUUCCUAGCCAGGAAGUUGCCAGACAGUUUUAAUGAAGCCAAAUUCAUCACUUUCAGCAUGUUGGUCUUCUGUAGUGUUUGGGUCUCCUUUGUUCCUUCCUACCUCAGCACCAAGGGGAAAUACAUGGUGGCUGUGGAGAUCUUCUGCAUCUUGUCAUCCGGUGCAGGGUUACUGGUUUGCAUCUUUUCCCCUAAAUGCUACAUUAUUGUGUUCAGGCCUGAUUUGAACAAAAAGGAGCAGCUAAUAAGGAGAAUACAUUAA